GGUGGGCGCCAAGCUUUAAGAGCGUUAGGAAGGCAGCAGCUAAGGCGCAGUUAUGGAAUUACUGCAGGAAGCGCGGGAGCUAGUUUGCUGGGCAGCCGAAGAGAUGGAGGCUCCCGAAGCAGCCCGGGCCCAGGAGUCAACGCUGCGCAGGCUGUGUCUGGGCCAGGGGGCUGACAUCUGGGCCUAUAUCUUGCGGCAUGUGCACAGCCAGAGGAAUGUCAAGAAGAUCCGGGGAAACCUACUCUGGUAUGGCCACCAGUACAGUCCAGAGGCGUGUCGGAAGUUGGAGCUGGAAGCUGCUGUUGCCCGCCUGCAGGCAGAGAUCCAGGAAUUAGACCAGAGCCUGGAGUUGAUGGAUCGAGAGACUGAGGCUCAGGACAUGGCCAUGGAGCAAGUGCUGCAGAACAUGCAAGACACCCAGCGGCGUGCUCUCCUUCUCCGGGCCCAAGCUGGGGUCAUGCGAAGACAGCAGCGUGGCCUCCAAAAUCCCAUGCAGUGGCUACAGAAUCAGCUCAGGCGCCUGCAGGACACAGAGAGGAAGGCCAAAGUGGAUGUAACCUUUGGACCCUUGACAUCAGCAGCCCUGGGCUUGGAGCCUGUAGUCCUGGGUGAAGUCCGAACAGCCUGCACCCUCCGAACCCAGUUCCUGAAGAACCUCCUGAUUCCUCAGGCCAAAGGAAGCAGUAUCCCAACCCCUCAAGAUGACAACUUCGGAACUUCCUACCAGCAGUGGCUUAGCUCAGUGGAGACACUGCUGACAAACCACCCUCCAGGCCACAUCCUGGCCACCUUGGAGCACCUGGCUGCGGAGCGGCAGGCAGAGAUUCAGUCCCUGUGCAGUCCGGACGGGCUCCGAGAUACAGAGAUAGCCAGGUCCCAGGAACCAGACCAGUCAGACUGCAGCCAAGCCCUGCCAUCCAUGGUGCAUCUCAUCCAGGAGGGCUGGCAGGCUGUGGGUGCACUGGUCACCCAGCGGGGGCCCCUCCUGAAGGAGCAUCAAAUCUUGACCCGGCGCCUCCAGAGCCUGAUGGAGGAAAUGGAGAGAUGUACACUGGGAUCCAGUGAGAGGCAGGCAUUGAUGCUGGGGCUCCGGGGCUGUGGCCUGUGGGCAGAGCUCAAGGCCCUCAAUGCCCAGAGCCAGGAGCUGGAGGAGGCGGCUGGGCAGCGGCAGCUUCUACUACAAGAGCUACAGGCCAAACAGCAACGGAUCCUGCACUGGCGCCAGCUGGUGGAGGAGACACAGGAACAGGUCCGCCUGCUCAUCAAGGGCAACUCAGCCAGCAAGACGCGCCUGUGCCGGAGCCCCGGGGAGGUACUGGCUCUGGUUCAGCGAAAAGUGGUCCCCACAUCUGAGGCAGUGGCACCACAGAGCCAAGAGCUGCUUCGCUGUCUAGAGGAGGGGGCCCGGCACCUGCCCCACCUUCCACUGGGCACCCUGCUUCGGCACAACCCUGGAGAGUUACAGCCCCUGCCCAUGGUCCUGCCAUCUAUCCACCAGCUGCAUCCUGCAUCUUCAAGGGGCCCCAGCCUCAUAGCGCUAAGCCACAUUCUAGGGUUGCCUGCAGGGAAGGCUCCAGAGCUGCUCCUCCCAAAGGCUGCCUCUCUUCGCCAGGACCUUCUGUUUCUCCAGGACCAGUGGAGUCUCCGGUGUGCGGAUCUGCUCCACAUGAAGACCAGCCUACCGCCAGGACCACCCACCCAAGAGCUGCUGCAGAUCUGGGCAUCCCAGGAAAAGGAGCAGAAAGAGAAUCUGGGGCAGGCUCUGAAGCAACUGGAGAACCUGCUGAAACAAGCGCUGGAGAGAAUCCCAGAGCUGCAGGGGAUUGUGGGGGACUGGUGGGAGCAGCCGGGCCAAGUUGCCCUCUCUGGGGAGCUCUGCCACGGCCUGCCCCUGCCCCAGUGGCGGCUGCGCUGGGUCCAAGCCCAAGGCACCCUGCAGCAGCUGUGCAGAUGAAGAGGGGGCUCAAACAGGAGUCAAGAGCUUCACAUCUGUUUACCCUGACACCUCACCUCUCUCAAUAUGGAAGAAAGCAUCAGCUGGGUGUAUCAGCCCAUUGUCUCUACCCACAUCUGCCAUCCGCCUCACAGGCUGUUCUGCUGUUCUUGUCAACUGUCUUGCCCCUGUCUUUUCAUCCCACCGAAGCCAAGAGAAUGGGGCACUCUGACCCCACCCCAGGUCCUCCUGAAACUCCCCUCAUCACUUUCACCCUCAGCAAAAAGUAAUUGAGCACUGGCUCCAAACACCGAGGAUCCAGCACUGAACAAACGGGACAAAAGUCCUCGCCUUCAGAGAGUUGUCAUUCUAGGACAGGGAAACAGACCACUGACAAGAUAAAUAAGCAAAAUAUCUAGCAUCUGCAUGGAGAAAAAGUAGGUUGUAGGAGGUGCAAUUUUAAAUAGAGGGCUAUACAGCAAAGGUCACACUUGGUAACUGUCAUGUGAGGUGUGCAAAGGCCCUGAGUGCAAAUGUGAGGGCCAAGGAGAUAGUACAGCUUUGGGCUGGGGUUGGUGGGGAGAUAAGAUUGUCUUCUAGUUUUUGUCUAGUUUCUUUUUUUACAUUUAAAUCUCUGAGCCAUUUGGAAUUUAUGCAAAUGGAUCCAAUUUUGUCUUACUUGACAUAUAUCCACUCUGAGCAUUGGUUGCCCUUGAAGGAGCUGUGGAUGGCAGGGAUCAGCCAAGGAGGACACAAGGAAACUUUCUAGAGUGGAAAAUAUAUUAUUGUUGACUCUCAAACAACGUGGGAUGUUAGGGGUGCUGACCUCUCACACAAUUUAAAAUUCACAUGUAACUUUUGACUCCCCCAAAACUUAACUACUAAUAGCCUACUCUUGACUGGAAGUCUUACCAAUAACAUAAAGUCAAUUAACACAUAUUUUGUACGUUAUAUGUAUUAUAUACUGUGUUCUUACAAUAAAGUAAGCUAGAGAAAAAAGUGUUAAAAUCAAAAAGAAAAUACAUUUACAGUGCUGUAUUAUUUAUUGAAAAACAUCCGUGUAUAAGUGGACCUACACAGUUCAAAGCCAUAUUUUUCAAGGGUGAACUGUGUAUAUUGAGAGUGAUGGAGUUACAUAGGUAUAAAGAUUUGUUAGAACUCAUCUAGCUGUAUUUUUCAGGUCUGUGCAUUUCACUGUGUGAAUUAUUCUUCAAUUUAUAAAAACUUGAUCCAACUUAUAAAGUAAAACUUUCUCCACCUAAACUAUAUAAAGUGAAACUUUAGGUAAUUUGAGAUGCCACCUUUUCAUACACUAAAAAUCUAUGCGUAGUUGGGCUGUAUCUGGGUGCAUAUGAUUUUCUUCCAAAGAGCAUGGAAAGGGAGUUUGAGGGUUUUAAGUAACUUUAUAGUGGAGAACCCUGACAAACUACAUUAGCCAGGAGAUCAAAGUUGACAUCAAUAGUGGUCAGUCAUGUUGAUAGUAUGUAUCCUUGAUAGGAUAUGAUGAGAAUUGCACUUUCAUGGUCUUUUCUGGAAAAAAAAAAAAUCUAAUGAGAAAAAAUGGAAAAUCCCAAAUGAGCAACAUUCUACAAAAUACCUGAAAAUUACUUCUCAAAACUGCUGAAGUCAUGAAAAACAAGGAAAGUGUGAGAAAUUGUGACAAGCAGAGAAACCUAAGGAUACAUAACUAAAUGUAAUGUGGUAUCCUGGUUGGAAUGGAACAGAAAAGGGCAACACUACUGAAAUCUGAAUAUGAACUCUAGUUAAUGUUUGUAAUGUUUUUAAAAAGGCUUCCUACCCUCUUUUUAUCAUUUCUCUAGUGCAGAAGCAAACAAAAGCAUUUAUUUGUGCUUAUUUUAACAAAGCAUUUAGCAGUAUUUAGCAGUAUUUUAACAAAGCAUUUAUUUGUGUUGAUUCAGACUGGGACCUCAAAAAACCAAAACAGCCAAUAAAAUUGUUUUAACAAGAAAAAAAAAAGACCAACCAACCAA